AUGCUGGUCAACAGUGGUUUUGGAAUCACGUUGGCUGAGCUUCAUGGCAGCCAAGCCUUAGCCAUUCUCGUAAAGAUCUUUGUUGCUGGCUAUGCCUUCUACAUUAUUCUAUGGCUCGUCUAUAUUCUUUUCUUAUCUAACCUGCGCAAGGUCCCCGGGCCUUUUCUCGCCAAACUGACUCGUCUGUGGGAGGUCAAAAAGGUGAUCACAGGCAACAUACAUGGGAUCAUGAUUGACCUUCACAAAAUACACGGCCCCAUCGUGCAGAUUGCGCCCAACCGAUACGACUUCAACACGCCCGAAGCUGUCAAAACAAUCUACCGAAUUGGCAACGCUUUUACGAAGUCUCGCUAUUACGAGCCAUUCGGUGACCCUAGUUUCCAUAAUCUGAUGAAUGCUCUCGACAAUAAGGACCAUGCAGCGUUGCGAAAACAAAUCGCGUCCCUAUAUACCAUGUCGGCUUUGUUGUCUUACGAGCCUUUGGUCGAUGCCCAGACAACCAUUCUGAAGGAAAAGAUGGAGGGCUUUGCCAACCGAGGAGAUGUCGUCGAUCUACCCCUGUUCCUUCAGUUCUACGCUUUUGACGUUGUUGCAACUAUCACGAUUGGCAAGUCCAUGGGCAUGAUGGAGUCCAACACCGACAUGUAUGACACUUGUCAGGUUCUGGAUGGAAUGUGGCACUACAUCGCGGUUUCGGGACUCAUUCCCGGCAUACACUUACGGUAUAUCCAACUCGCCAAACUUCUUGGCCUUACACCUCCAACAAAGGCCCUGGACUUUUUCAUAGACACCCAGAUACAACACUACACAGAAGCUAUGGAACGUAAGGGCGGUGUUGGAGAUGAUGAAGAUACCUUCUUGGCCAGAAUGCUGAAGCUACAGGAACAAGGUAAAGCUACCAAAAAAGAUACACGACACUGCGUAACGAUCAAUAUCGGUGCAGGAUCUGGUACCACAGCUAUCGGUCUCAGCUCUGUUAUCUACCAUCUCUACAGCAACCCACACGCUCUUAAUCGUCUUCGCGAAGAACUUGAUGAGUUUGUUAAGGCAGGGGAGCUAUCAGAUCCUGUGGGUUUCCAACAAACACAGAAGAUGCCAUACUUGCAGGCUGUCACCAAAGAAGCCCUGCGGCUUCAUCCGGGUGUGGGCACGCAGCUCACGCGUGUCGUGCCCAAGGGAGGUGUUGUCAUUGAAGGCCAAUUCUUUCCAGAGGGGGCGGAGGUGGGCGUAAACGGAUGGGCUUUAUACUACAACCAAGACGUCUUCGGAGAUGACGCAGCCAAGUUCCGGCCAGAGCGAUGGCUACAACCCGGCGAAGACGUUAGAAUCGCAGCAUCUUUUGCGUUCGGCGCCGGUCCCCGAUCAUGCCUUGGCAAGAACGUUAGCAUCCUAGAGAUGUCUAAAGCCAUUCCGCAGAUUGUGAAAAACUUUGAUAUUGAGAUUCAAUAUGAGUCGUGGAAACAUGAGAGCUGGUUUUUUGUCAAGCCAGAGUUCAAGGCACAAAUUAAGUUGAGGGUUCGUUAG